AUGAGGAUUUAUCAUAAUGCGGUCACAUCCUGGAUGCCAUUUCGGAGGAUUUAUCCCAAUGCAAUGUGUGAGGAUGUUGGAUGUGAACUCUCUGAGGAUUUAUCCCAAUGCGAUCACAUCCCGGGCAUCAAAAAGCCAAAGCUGGGGAUCAUUCUUCCUGAUAUAGCCUAUGCCUUUUUUCUCUCACACUCACAAGGCUCAGAAGGAAACCAUGCUACUCUUGGACAAGGUCUAAUCCUAGCUGAAAGGGUGUCCCUGUAUGAUGAAGGGAAAAGAGACUACUUUCAUUUGGAAAGAAUGCUGGCUGCAGUGAUUUCCGUGGGUGAAGAGAUAGUGACUCUGGGACUGCCAUCAGGAAUCUGCCCCUGGUUUUUGCCUUCACCGGUUCAGGAAACGGCCAUUAGAGAAGACAUUGUUUCUACGCAGGGAAGCAUCCACAUGGAAGAAUCGUCGAGCAAAAACACUAAUUAUUCAGAAGAUGAAGAAAAUGAAGAACUUUUAUCAAGAGUGUGGAUAGAGUCCAAGAAGCUAUGGCGCAUAGUAGGUCCUAAUAUCAUCAACCGCUUGGCUGGCUACUCCAUGACCGUCAUUACCCAAGCCUUUGCUGGCCACCUUGGCAACGUUGAACUUGCUUCCAUUUCCAUUGCCACCAAUAUCAUUGUUGGCUUCGGUUUUGCUCUCGUGUUAGGAAUGGCAAGCGCCCUAGAGACGCUAUGUGGGCAGGCCUUUGGGGCUAAAAGGUACCACAUGUUGGGGACGUACAUGCAAAGGUCAUGGGUUGUGCUGUUCUUCUGCUGCAUUCUCCUAUUGCCUGUGUACAUAUUCGCCUCCCCGAUUCUAAAACUGAUGGGACAGUCCGAUGAUGUGGCAGAGCAGUCCGGCGUGGUGGCUCUGUGGCUUAUACCCUUGCAAUUCAGCUAUGCGUUUCAGUUCCCAUUGCAGAGGUUCUUGCAGAGCCAGCUCAAGAACUUAGUGACGUUGUGGUUUUCCUUGGCGGUUUUGGUGCUUCAUGCAGUGACGAGUUGGGUUUUGGUGUAUGAGUUGGAUUUUGGGGUUGUGGGUGCGGCCAUGGCUCUGGAUAUUUCAUGGUGGGUUUGGGGGCUCGGCCUAUUUUGGUAUGUUUCAUCUGGUAGGUGUCCGCAGAGUUGGGCUGGGUUCUCCACUCAGGCCUUUUCUGGGCUUUGGGAAUUUGUCAAAUUUUCUGCUGCUUCUGGGGUCAUGCGCUGCUUGGAAUUCUGGAGCUAUAGAAUCCUAAUUGUAAUGACUGGAUCCUUAGAGAAAGCAACUCUUGCUGUGGAUGCCUUGGCAAUUUGCAUGACUAUAAGUGGGUGGGAGCUCAUGAUUCAUUGGGCCUUCUUGGUUGGAACAGGAGUAAGAGUGGCAAAUGAGUUGGGGGCUGGAAACUGGAAGGCAACUAAAUUUGCAGCCAAGGUUUCUAUGGCAGAAUCUGUCUUCAUCGGUUUAUGCGUAUGUGUAAUUACAAUCAUACUCCAUGACGAGUUUGCAUACAUAUUCACAUCCAGCAUUGAUGUCAUCCAAGAAGUUGGUCAGAUGUCAUAUCUCUUGGCAAUGGCAAUUCUACUUAAUAGUAUUCAACCCGUCCUGACAGGAAUAGUUGUGGGCACAGGAUUGCAAGCAUGGGUUGCAUACAUAAAUCUUUUCUGCUACUAUAUUAUUGGGCUCCCACUUGCACUUGUGAUGGGAUGGAUCCGCCACUUGGGUGUUUCGGGUAUAUGGGGUGGGAUGAUCUUUGGUGGAACUGCUGUGCAAACGGUGAUCUUGGCCAUCGUGCUAAUAAGACAUGAUUGGGAAAAGGAGACGGAGUUGGAAUGGAGGAGGAUUGAUGAUGGGCUCUGCCUAUCUGAUCCACCUCUUAGGCUAAAAUGGUAUAAACACAUUCCUUGGGUUUCCUUAAUGAGUUUUGAUCAUUCUUUGAUCCUUUGGAAUAUGGAGAAUCAACACAGCAGGUCUUUACCAAGUAUUUUCUCCAAAUGCACCUAUCUAGUAUGUUUCUGUUCGCAGGGUCUCUACUUAGGACAAUAACCUGGUGCAAAUCAUGGAUGCAUGGAUGUCACCUCCUCAGUCCUCACAAGGGUCACCUUUACUUUCUGUGGCUGUGGAUCUUUCUGGUCCUCAAACUUGACACAUCCGAGCUUUAGAAGAAACGAUGCAGUUCUUCACAUGGAGUUCGUAGCUUCGGUUGCUGUAAUUAACUUGAUCAAGAUGGAAUUGGACAGAGUCAGAGUGUCAUGAGAUCCAUAGAAGACUUGUUCAUCUCCAAGUGUCUAAAACGACGACCAUGUUUGUGGAGACUCUAUUAAGUGGAAAUUACUCCAGUUUCUUAAUGCACAUGCAAAAUAUUUCUUCAGGAGCAACAGAUGUGCGAAUUGUGCUAAGAUCGUUGCAUCUCAAUUAAGAGGCACAGUGGAUAGGAUUUUGAUUGAAUCAACAGAUGUUGUGAUAAAGAACACUAUCACCACAACCUGCAAUGGCUAUGAGAGCCCUCAGCGUGGUCCACCCUUGCCAUGAGCUAUAUGCUUUGAAGGUUGGAAUCUCCUUUACUUUGGAUGCUUCUUGUGUGCCUCUUGUGGUGAAAUCUGACUCUUUGACAGCAGUUCAAAUGAUUAACACUGAUGAGGAGUGCUUGCAUCAAAAGGGGUUUUGGUGGAUGAGAUUCAUCGCCUAAUUGAGUUAUGAUGAGACCCCAAACUACUGUUCAGUAUGUUCCUCGUAAAGCUAAUGGACCUGCUCACCGGAUUGCUCUGUUUUGUCUUCGUGAAUCAGCCUAUCAUUUUGGACGGAUGAUGAGUGCUAUCCUUGAGCUUGACUACUCAUGGAUUGCAUUCGAGAUGAUUGUCCUUCUCUGCAUUCCUUUGCUUGAUUUUGUUGUAAUUUCUUGGCAUGUGUGGUACUCUUUCCUACCUCGAAGUUUUGUCCCAUGUGGUUUUCUUCGGGAAGGUUUUAACGAGGCCACUUCAAUCAUGCUGAUUCUAUUGUUCUUGAUUAUUUGAAUGAAUUACCAUUUGCCUUUAAAAAAAGAAUUUCAAGUGAUUGAGCUUUUAGUUCUGUAAGGUGACACCGAAAGACAUUGCGAAGGUUCAGAUUGGUGUUUAUUUAGGGUUUGCACCUUUGUGUCCCCAUGAAAAUAACCAAGAAAAUAGUA